UCAGAAGCAUCCAGACCAUGUUCCAGGAGGCCGACAAGGAUGGGGGAGGAGCGUUGGACAUGGACGAGUUCCGGGAGGCCAUGAGGAAGAUCGUGAGAGAUGUUGAGGAUGAGGAAUUGGACAUCAUCUUCAUGAAGGUGGACACAAACUGUGACGGCACCGUGGACUGGGACGAGUAUCUGAACUACAUGCUCCUGGAGUACCGGGAAAAAGACUCUCUGCAGAAGCAAAGCGCGCCCGUCUACUUCCCCAGGUCACUAAAGACGGUGUCCGUUCCAUACUGUGAGCCCAUCGUGCGGCUGCAGUUCUACCCGUUCCAGGUCCCCAUGAUGGCAGAGAGGACCAUAGGGGGACCUGUGGGGUCUGUCUCCAAAACCCGCAUGCAGCCAGGAAGAUACCUGUCUAUCAGCCGGAACGGCAUCCUCAGCUACUGGAGCGAAACCUUCCAGCUGAUGCGCUCCGUCACUUUGGCUAGCCUUACGAGGACUUUGGUAGCAGACAUGGUUUGUCUACAUCACCUCAACCUUCUGGCCAUUGCGUCCACCAGACGAGACAUAGAAUUCUACGACAUCAGCGCCAGUAAGUGUGACCGCGUGUUUUCUCUCACGGUGCUGGAGGGAUACGUGUCUGUCAUGGACUACUGGUCUGACGGGCAUAAAGGAGUUUUUUCCUUUGGAGACAUGGACGGCUGUCUGACUGUCUUCAUCUCAUUCGACGUCAGCCAGAAUGGACUCUUCGACAUCGGAGCAUUUAAACUCGGCCUUAACUGCCGUAUCCCUGUCUCUGCUCUGCUGAAAAACACCUCCCAACUCCACCUGUGUUUCAAAGUGGCCUUGUACAACAACUGGUGUCAGCAGGUCCGAUUCCUGCCGGCACUGAACGCUGUUGCCACCUGCUGUACCUCCAUGGUGCUCACCACCCUUCCUCAUUCUGACAGAGCCAAAGUCCAUAACUCCACGUUUCGCCUCAAGAAAGCAAUCCUGUGUUUUGACUACUCGCCCGAGGUUAACAUCUUGGUGACAGGAGGAUUUGACCGCUUUGUGCGGACCUGGGACCCACACAUUACCAAGACCUCCACAUCGCUGAUGAAGGGUCACAUGAGUGCUGUCGUUUACGUAGCUGUCAACGGUCAGGACAACAGGAUCGUCAGCUUCUCCAAAGACAAGAACGUGCGAGUGUGGGACCUGCAGGAAUGUGUGUGUCUGCAGAAUCUCACCACCCGGGGCAGUGAUAUGGGUCGAUCCCCCAUAUCCAGCCUGUACUAUAACAAAGACUCCAACACUCUCAUACUGGCCACCUCCUUCAUAAUUGGAGUUCUCUACGGGGCUCUAGAUGACGUCUAUACCCUAAACAAGCUAAAGACAUCUCACGAGCGCUCUGUGUGCGCCGCCCUGUACAACAGCAACUUCAAACAGGUGGUGACUGGCUGUCAAAAUGGAGUCGUGAGCGUCUGGGACAUCCUCACCGGUGCAAAGGUCAUGCAGUUCCAGACGUCUCCUAAGAAGCCGGCGGAGAUCACCGCCAUGACCUUUGAUGGGCCCAAACGCCGCCUCAUCACUGGUUCCAAGGACGGCACCCUGCGCCUGUGGAACUUCAAUAAUGGAGCACUGCUGCUGAGGCUCCCCCUGCUGGACAGUAACGAGGUCACAGGUAUCCUGUACAUUAAUCAAAGGAUCUAUGUGUCUGGAUGGGGGAAGAGGGUCCUGUGGUAUCUGGAUAUUCAAGAGGGUGAUGAGAUGGAGUGUUCUGUCUGGAAUCAGUACCACACUGAAGAUAUCUACUCCAUGCACGCCCACGCUAACAAGAUGCUGGUCACAGCUUCCUACAGUGGUGACAUCAUCAUCUGGAACCUCCACUCCGGCCGAGCCUUCUGGCGUUUCAACGCUAGCGAGAGCCCUCGCCCGCUACUGCCCAAUCGGGUCCUGACCUCGACUAUGGUCAUGCUGGAGAGGUCAGAGCGACCGGACGCUUUUGAGAACGACCUCCUGGGUGACCCUGUAAAGGCGAAGGAGGCCCCCUGUCCAGUGUCCGCUGGUGCCUCCCCCUCUCCCUCCUGUUCUUCCUCCGAUACCGAGCUCAGCACUAGCCGAGUCGAGCUCGCCGACGGGCAGAAUCUAAACGGAUCCCCUCCGUCACUGCACCACCACAGUGCGCGCUCGCCAGACCCCAACCCCCUCAGUGUGGAGGAGCUCGAGAAACCCAAACACGCCGUGGAGAAGGCUCUGUUCCUGGGCACCCGUGAGCGCAGCCCAGACACGGCCGUCUUGCUGACCUGCAUGGCGGACGGCUACGUCUGUGCCUGGUCCAUCCACCAACAGGGCGGGCUGCUGGCCAGAUUUCCAGCUGUGUACUCCGAGGGGGACUUCGUCACCUCCAUGUCCACUGACUCCCAGGAACAGAUGCUGCUUACUGGAGACAGAAAAGGCUACAUCACGCUGUGGGACAUCAAGGGCUACUGCUGCUCCUCGCAUGGUGAACGGGACACCGCUCAGCACAGGGAAUGCUCCGUCCACCUGAGAACACUCAUUCCCACCUACUGUCGGAUUGAGGGCAAACGGAGAAUUGCGGUGGAGCGGGACAGUGAGGUUCGAGACGGCCGGCGCGUGUCUCUGGCCCCCCCCCCCGCUGCUGAGCACCUGGCGCGGUCACCUGAGGGCCGUCACCAGCCUGGAGUAUGUGGAGCGCUUCCGCCUCAUUGUCACGGCCAGCCUCGACCGUAACGUGCGUGUGUGGACCAUCGAGGGAUGCUACGUAGGCACAUUCGGACAGGUUCUGUGGGACAUAGCGGACCCCGAGGCCUACAGGGCGGAGCUUCCCAUGGAUCUUAGGAGAGUCGCG